AUGGCAAGUUUUUGGGAACCUAUCACCGUUAACGGCCAGGAAAUGCAGAUGUAUGCCAGCGUGCCGAGUAGCAGCGCCGGGUUCACCGCGCCAUUUCCGGCGGUAGUCGUGGCACAGCACGCCACCGGCGUAGACGCGUUCAUCCAGGACAUCUGCGACCGGUUGGCGGCAGCGGGUUACGCCGCCGUGGCGCCGAACCUGUACCAUCGAGUUACCGACCCUGCUCUGCUGAACGAGCAGCCUCGCCCGCGACCUGCCGCAUUGCUCAGCGAUCCGGACAUCGUCGCAGAUAUCAACGCAACCGUCGACUGGUUGCUCAAUCACGACGCUGUGCAGAGCGACCGCAUUGGCGUAACGGGUUUCUGCAUGGGCGGGCGCGUCGCAUGGCUGGCCGCCGCUACCAACUCAAACUUUGCCGCCGUCGUGCCCUACUAUGGGGGCAACCUGACGGCCACUUGGGGCGCUGGUGACACCGCUCCGUUCGAUCUGGCUGCCCAAAUCAACUGCCCGAUGCUUGUUCCACUUCGGGGAGAUUGA